AUGCCGAACGUCUUUGACUACGCCGAAGUUGCGAAGCACAACACAGCAGAAAGCUGCUGGGUCAUUCUCUACGGCGCCGUGUACGAUGUCACCGACUUCCUCUCCGAACAUCCUGGGGGCGCAAAAGUGAUCCUCCAGCUCGCUGGCACGGAUGCAACAGAAGAAUACGACCCGAUACACCCUCCUGGCAUCCUCGAAGAGAACCUCAAGCCGGAGCAAAAACUCGGCACCAUAAACCCAGACACUCUUCCCGCGACCGAAAAGUCGCCGGCAGAAACGGGCGAUGCGGUACAAGAUGGCGCGGUGGACCUCGAGAGCAUACUGAACAUCGACGAGAUUGAAGAGGUAGCUACAAAGCAAAUAAGUAGAAAGGCUUGGGCGUAUUAUUACUCUGCAGGAGAUGACUUGGUCAGCAAAAAGUUCAAUAACGAGGUGUAUAGGAAGAUCUUGUUGCGGCCGAGGAUCUUCGUUGACUGCGUUAACUGCGAUACCUCGACGACCUUCCUGGGGCACAAGGUCAAGCUGCCUAUCUACGUCUCCCCGGCCGCAAUGGCGCGCCUCGCGCACCCGGACGGCGAGUGGGGUAUUGCGCAGGCGUGCGAGCAGUACGGCGCUAUGCAGGUCAUUUCGCAGAACGCUUCCAUGACGCCGGAGCAAAUCGUCAAGGAUUCGCUGGAAGAGGGGCAGGUGUUUGGGUGGCAAUUGUAUGUGCAAACUGAGCGGGCGAAGAGCGAGGCGAUACUGGCGCGCAUGAACAAACUGCCGCAGAUCAAGUUCAUCUGCCUGACGCUCGAUGCGCCGGUUCCGGGAAAAAGGGAGGAUGACGAGCGGAGUAAGAAUAUUGGAAGCAAUCUGCCUGUGCGAUCUGCGGUGCAACAAGACCCAUCCGGAAGCAAGACUACAACCGAUUCAAAGACGCCGGAGAAAGCUGUGGGCGUGGGACAGAGCUUGUUCUGGGGCACAGCAGCAGACCUCACAUGGAAGACGACAUUGCCGUGGCUGGCGAAACAUACCGGCCUUCCAAUCGUGCUGAAGGGUGUCCAGACGCAUGAAGACGCCUACCUAGCGAGUCUUUACGCGCCGCAGGUCAAAGCCAUUAUACUUUCGAACCAUGGUGGCAGAGCGCUGGAUACCGCGCCCCCUGCUGUGCACACGCUGCUGGAGAUUCGGAAGUAUUGCCCGGAGGUGUUCGAUCGGAUCGAAGUAUGGGUCGACGGAGGCAUCAAGAGAGGGACUGACGUCGUUAAGGCUUUAUGUCUAGGAGCGAGGGGGGUAGGCGUCGGUCGAGCUGCACUGUUCGGCCUCGGAGCUGGAGGCAAAGAGGGAGUCGCAAGAGUAUUGGAGAUUCUCAAAGCGGAAACCGAGACUUGCAUGCGACUGCUCGGCGUGGAGAGGAUUGACCAAUUGGGAAUGCAGCAUAUCAACACGAGGGCUGUGGAAAGGGAUAUCUAUGACGGCCCAGCUGCUUUGGAGAGGCCUAGUCUUGCGUCUAGGAUCAAGGCGAGGCUUUAG